AGGUACUGAUGUGACUUUGCUUCAUGGAUAAGGCCCCAUGUUUUAUAAACCCCAAAUAACAAGUUUACAAACACUCGGCCCGAAUAAACAAGUUUACAAACACGUGACUAGACCAGUGAUCGCGUGUACUGUGAUGAUAGCAAAGAUCUUUAGCUCCACAUGUACUUUAGUCAUCGCCUGAAAACACUUGUUUACACACAAAAAGUAAAAUACGAGGUGCAACAUCUGUAAUUGCCAAAAUGUUGGUACUUGUUGAUUCUGUGUCUUCCUUGCACUUAGUCCCCGUUACAAAAAAUAAUAACAACCGUACCGACAUCGAGGUCUCAGAAACAUGGGAAAGUAAUUUUUUUUUUGAAUGGUGCGAACGGGAAUAAUGGAAUGGAGAGAGCGGUGCCAGUGGUGGCAGCAGCAGCAGCAGCCGCGUGUGGAGGAUGCUGAUCGAUAGACGAGGGCCUCGCCGCUGACUUCAUGGCGGGCGGUCUACACCACAGCCACUGACAACCACCCUCGUCGCCCAAUUUCUUCUGCGGCAUUGCCAGCUGGUACAGGAUUCAGGAUUCAAAAGGAGACCUUUCUCCCUCACGACGACUUCCUUUUGACACGCGCUGCCGACCAGAUGACCAGUCAUUGGAUGACGAACGUUCUUUUAGGCCUGUCCUUGCUCAGCUGGCGGGUGGGCACAGUGCACCCUGCUAACCUCACCUCCCUCCUCAACGGCCUGAUGUGGGGCUACGACCGACGCCUUCGCCCAGGCUUCGGUGGUCCACCCUUAGUGGUAAAAGCUGACAUCGAAAUACGCUCCAUGGGGCCGAUAUCCGAAAGGGACAUGAUCUACUCCAUGGACUGCUACUUCCGGCAAGUGUGGCAGGACGUGCGUCUGUCCUUCAACAAGACCGUGGAGCAGGUGUCCAACGUCUCCCUCAACGUCAAGAUGCUGGAGCGCAUCUGGCAUCCGGACACCAUCUUCAUCAACGGCGGCCACUCCUAUGUACACACCAUCACCUCCCCUAACAAGUUCUUUCGCCUGAGCUACGACGGCAGCAUUCUCUACUCACAGAGAUUAACAAUAAAGGCCAGCUGCCCGAUGCACUUAGAGAAAUUUCCAAUGGACACACAGAAGUGUCCUCUCUACAUUGCAAGCUUCGGCUACAAUAACAAUGACGUCAUCUAUGAAUGGCGGUUCGGCAACCGCAAGGCUGUGGUGGCGUCACGUGACAUGACCCUGUCCCAGUUUGACCUCACGGGUACACCGGCUGCCAACGCUACCGCUGUCUUCAAAGGAACCUGCCACUCGGUGCUGACCGUCUUCUUCGACUUCCGGCGCCACACGGGGUACUUCCUCAUCCAGAUGUACGUGCCGUGCUGCCUGCUGGUCGUGCUGUCCUGGGUGUCCUUCUGGAUCAACCGCGAGGCCACGUCAGAUCGCAUCGCCCUCGGGUCGAUGACGAUGCUGACGAUGACGUACUUGGCGCUGGACAGCCGUGACGACCUGCCGCGCGUGACGUACUCCACGGCGCUGGACAUCUACGUCCUCAUGUGCUUCUUCUUCGUCUUCGCCACCAUCGUGCAGUUCGCCGCCGUCCACCACUACACCAAGUACGGCACCGCCGAACCCGCGGAGCAGCCGUUCGGCAUGGAUGACGACUGACGAGGACGAGAAGAUGAC